GUUGGAGAUACGCUUGCUGCGGGCACACUACUGGCUCCGACAUCAACCCGUCCCCAUCUCGUCAUCUACUCCCUCUUGAGUUGAGACCACGAGUAUUCCCACUCACCACGACUCCUCUAACAUCCGCCUCGAUAAUUCCUGAUCCUUAUAUCUCUCCACGACGCCAUCCCUCUUCAUCCGUCUGCAGAUUUGUCGCCCGAUACCCGAGAUCCAUCUUGGUCAAGCAAAUCUAUUGACCUCCAGUUUCCCCCUCUGACUUGACGUCUUGGGCCAACUCCCCCAGCAUCAACCACCGCAGUCGUGACCUUUCUAUUCCGCCGCGAGGGUUUUGGCUGUGCCGUUGAAUGAUUUAGCUUCUAGUCUCCUCCAGACUUUGACAGCGCCGCUCACCAUCCAUACUUGCACGGACGGGGAUUUGGAUACAACUGCUUGACUCCGUUCCCUCACCGAAGGGGUCUUCGCAGUGAUAUUGGCGGCUUUGCCGCCACCACGAGCUGGCACACCACCCUUCUUCGAACCAUAACCUAAUCACUACCGACGACCCAUCCACCUCGACUCCCCCUGGCCACUCUUCCUACACAGAUUCUACUUCCCCAUCCCCAAAUACAAGUACAAUUGUCAACUCGCCCAACUCAACUGCAAACCCGCUUUCGACCGACUCAGAAAACCUCACGGCAAGCCAACUACCUAUAGAGCAGGUACAGGCUUCUCAGGAGCUGGGGAGACGAAGGAGAAGGCGGUCAUCGUUUGAAAGAUCCGCCGAAGCCGAUAACAACCUAGGUGGACCUAGUCACACAUUGGGAGAAGCGGUUCAAGAGCCUCGAUCCGAAGGCGAACAUAGGCCGAAGCGCAGGCGAACCGACAAGUCCAAUAUGAGAGUCGAUGAAGACUCGGAGCAAGUAUUUUCCAACGGUCAUUCUGCAAGUUCCAAUGGUUCUACCCCAAGGAAGCCUCUGCACGGGGCCUUGAACGGACAUGUAAAUGGAUCCAGCCCCUCAUACACAAAUGGCACCUCCAAGAAGCUGGCUCCCGUUCGGUCGCCCACGUAUCGAGGGCAUAACAGGGAAGAGGUCGUCAGAAUUCUCAUCCAGGGGCUGCUCGAUAUGGGAUAUUCAGACGCUGCCAAUGUCUUGUCAAGUGAGAGUGGGUACGAGCUGGAAAGCCCUUCGGUUGCUGCCUUUCGAAACGCCAUUUUGGAAGGUAUAUGGUCCGAGGCAGAAGCAAUACUGCUAGGAUCACAUCAGCACGAGCGUGGUGGACCGCUACUGGAUGACGACCAAUAUGGGGACGGGCUCGUACUUGCGGAAGGCGCUGAUAGAGGCCAGAUGCUGUUCUGGAUCCGGCAGCAGAAGUUUCUCGAGUUACUCGAUCGACGCGACCUUGGUAUGGCUCUCAUGGUCCUCAGACAAGAACUGACGCCCCUGGGACACGACAUCCACCAACUACAUGCUCUCUCAACCCUACUCAUGUGUCCGCCCGAGGAUCUAAGAACCAAGACACACUGGCCGGGCACAGUAGAGGAGUCCAGAAAGAUGCUGCUACAAGACCUAUCUCGGUCAAUCGCACCGUCUGUCAUGAUUCGAGACCACAGGUUAGCGGAAUUAUUUGACCAUAUAAAGCAGAGCCAGAUCAACCAGUGUCUCUAUCACAACACCGCAGAACCUCCAUCGUUGUACUCGGACCAUAUCUGUGACCGUGAGGAUUUCCCGUCGCGGACGUUUCUUCAACUUGAGGAUCACACUGGCGAGGUCUGGCACGUGCAAUUCUCUCAUGAUGGCACGAAAUUGGCUACUGCAAGUCAGGACCAAACCGUCAACAUCUACGAAACUGUGACUUUCAAAAGGCUUCACACCCUCUCUCAUCAUUCGGCUGAGGUGACGUAUGUGUCUUGGAGCCCAGAUGACACCAAAAUCAUCACUUGUUCCAAGGAUUGCAAGGCCCGCGUCUACGAUGUCGAAACGGGAAGACUGGAGGUGACGCUCGAGCACCAAAGCGUGGAUCAAAACUACGGCAUCACCGCUGCGGCAUGGACUCCCGACUCUCAGGGCUUUGUCACUUCGAGUCACGACCGCAACUCGCAGUUAUGUUAUUGGAAUCUCCGAAGUCCGAAGCGCGAGAAACCCGAGCACGUAUGGCCCAGGGGGUUCCGUGUACAAGAUGUGGCCAUCACCGAGGACGGGAAUUGGCUGGUUGCUCUCGACAAUCAAGACAUCAUCCGCAUUUUCGACAUGCACACGUAUCGGGAAGAGCCACCCAUUAAAGUAACGGGCAAGAUGACAAGCCUUACUCUAAGUCGGGAUGGCAGGACAGUACUGGUCAAUUUCGCCGUUGGGGAAGUUCAUAUGAUCGACUUAGUCACGAGAGAGACCGUUCGCAAGUUCCGCGGGCAGAAACAAGGCGAGUUUGUGAUCCGAAGCUGCUUUGGAGGAGCCGCAGAGAAUUUUGUGGUUAGCGGCUCAGAAGAUGGCUUGAUCUAUGUGUGGCACAAGGAGAACGAAUCGCUGAUCGAGAAACUGUCGGGCCAUGGCCGGGGUCAGGGUGGUAAGGAAUGCGUGACCACGGUGGACUGGCACCCGAGAGAUGCGGGCAUGUUUGCGUCUGGGGGCGACGACCGUAAAGUGCGAAUAUGGACAAACUUGCGUUCGCCGGUCGAGGGCCUCCCUAGCAGCCUGAACAGGUCCCUUGCUCGCCACGACUCAGAGCGGACCAGCGCCCUGAGAUCGACCCUAUAACGCCCGGCAUAUCAAGUCUUUGAACGGAGUUGGCGGCAUUUGACAGAGGACCACACGGAUCUAUGUUUACGGUAACGAGGGACGAAUUGCACAGAUAUAGAGAGUCUGGAUACAGCAUUAUUGCAUUUGGAGGUGUCUGACAGUGUGGUUUGAGUUUGACCCGAAACAAGAGCACGUCUGCGGCUGACAGGCACAGGCUCAGGCAUCGGGACUUUCUGGUAGGGAUUCUCAUUGCCGGGAGCAUCGAGGUUUCCAACAGAGAACAGGCCGGAUGCUUGGGCGGGAGUCAACUGGCACGUUGAGAUUCAGCGAUCGCUGGCAUGUCUGAUCGAAGUCUGCUUAGAUCUAGCUACCUCGCCCUAUCUUUACAAGGACCUAAAGCCCACUACUUUGCUCAAUACUAUGGAUGAAAAAUACAGGCCCAUUUGUUGUCUGCUUGAGGGAGCAUUAGGUGCUUACCAGUAGAAGAGAGUGCUAAGAGAUGAGUGGCUCGGGAGGUGGUGGUGUAGUGAAUAUGUGUAUGUCAGUCACGAGGCAGCGGGCCUUCAGGCUCUUCUGAUCUCAUCUCAGAUCCCUCAGCUCGUGAUUUCAGCCCCCCCUGAGGAUAUAGCAAGUCCACGGGGAUAGCAACACGGAUACCUCCC